CGUACUUCCAUUCAGCACCGCUCCGCUUCCGGCAAUUGCACGUGGCUGGUGACAGAGCUGAAGAGUAGAAGAUCGGGUGGAGUAAAUAACUUUAGUUCUUGAAAUUCUCAUCGCGAGUUGCGGAUCAAGACCUGACAAAAUGGUGAAGCCGCGGUUUAAGGGGAAAAGCACAAUAAACCCCUCGUCCUCCAGCUCGAACCCAGAUCGACUGAAGGGUUCUGGAGGAAGCAACAUGAGGGACCGGGCAACAAUAAAACGUUUGAACAUGUACAGACAGAAACAGCGCUGCAACAACAGGGGGAAGGUGAUCAGACCACUGCAGUUCCAGUCCACAGUUUCACCUGGCACUGUGGCGCGAGUGGAGCCCAACAUAAAAUGGUUUGCCAACACUCGUGUCAUCAAGCAGUCAUCGCUGCAGAUGUUCCAGGAGGAGAUGGGAGCAGUGCAGAAGGACCCCUAUCGGGUGGUGAUGAGGCAGAGCAAGCUGCCCAUGUCUCUCCUGUAUGACCGGGUCAAGGCCCAUAGUGCCAAGGUGCACAUCCUGGACACGGAGACGUUCGAGACGACGUUCGGGCCUAAAGCACAGCGGAAGAGGCCCAGCCUGAGCGUGGGUGAUGUGAAGGACCUGGCCGAGAAGGCAGAGGCCGAGGCUCUCGGCUACUGUGCCGAAAAGGACCGGGACCUCGUCACGGAGGACACCGGAGUCAGGAAUGAGGCACGUGAGGAGAUUUUCAAGAAGGGCCAGUCCAAGAGGAUAUGGGGUGAACUCUACAAGGUGAUAGAUUCUUCAGACGUGAUUAUCCAGGUGCUGGACGCUCGGGACCCAAUGGGCACCAGGUCCCAGAGCAUCGAGACCUACAUGAAGAAGGAGAAGCCCUGGAAGCACCUAAUCUUCGUGCUCAACAAAUGUGACCUCAUCCCCACCUGGGUAACGAAACGGUGGGUGGCCAUACUAUCCCAGGAGUUCCCCACCCUGGCUUUCCACGCCAGUCUCACCAACUCCUUCGGAAAGGGGUCCCUCAUCCAGCUCUUGCGACAGUUUGGAAAGCUCCACUCAGAUAAGAAGCAGAUCAGCGUGGGAUUCAUUGGGUACCCCAAUGUGGGCAAGAGCUCCAUCAUCAACACGCUGCGCUCCAAGAAGGUCUGCAACGUGGCACCCCUCGCCGGGGAGACCAAGGUGUGGCAGUACAUCACGCUGAUGCGACGUAUAUUUCUGAUCGACUGUCCCGGAGUCGUGUAUCCGUCAGAGGACAGUGAAACGGACAUCGUACUCAAAGGAGUGGUGCAAGUGGAGAAGAUCAAGAACCCAGAGGAGCAUAUUGGGGCUGUAUUGGAGCGGGCGAAACCGGAGUAUAUCCAGAAAACGUAUCGAGUCCCUUGCUGGACGUCAGCUGAGGACUUCCUGGAAAAGCUGGCACUUCGCACCGGGAAACUCCUAAAGGGGGGUGACCCAGAUCUGCCUACGGUGUCCAAAAUGGUGUUGAACGACUGGCAGAGAGGUCGCAUCCCGUUCUUUGUGAAGCCCCCCCUCACGGAGACGGAGGAGGAGCGUCAGGAAAGAUUGGGGAAAGUAGGAGAGAUGAUCAGUGACGGGGACUCGCAGGAGGUGACCCCCGAUUUGGUGACGGAGGGUCUGGACCAGACUGACUCAAGUGAGCAGGUGCCGAAACUCCUGACCAACGUCAGGCAGAACUUCGGGAAGAUCAACGUAGGCCCAGAGUUCACAGAGGAGGACCUGGUGCCCGUGGAGGUGUCGGACUUCUCGGAUGAGGAGGAAGAGCACUCAGAAGAGGAAGAUGUGGGGAGUGACGGACCAGAUGGGGGCGAAGAGAGUGAGGAUGGUGAGGACGAGAGUGAGAAGGCAGAGGAGCCGAAAGCUGCCCCAGCCAAGGCUGAGGUCAAGGACUCACGGCAAGUGGUCAAAGAGUUGGACCAGAAGAUCGCCAAGUACAAACAGUUCCUGAGCCGGGCCAAGUGCAAGAGGUUCUCAGCUAUCCGGAUUCCAAAGUCACUGACGGAGAGGCUGUACACGCAAACGGAAAGGCAGCCGUCGGCGAAAGCUGAGACACAGACCAGCAGAAAGAGGAAGGCCGAGGAAGACGAUGGCCAGAGUGUGACGGGACGUGGUGGCAGGCUGACGUGCAAAGAGCGGAGGAGACGGGAACGAGCACAGAAGGUGAAGAAGGUGGGGGUGCGUUAUUACGAAACGCACAACGUCAAGAACAAGAACAAAAAGCGGGCCCCCUCUGGCGGGCCCGAGCAGAGCAAGCGGGGCCGGCGCUGACCCCGUGGCUGCAUGCCCUGUAAAAUAAACCACUUUUAAUGGCU